CAAUCAGGUAAAAGUGAUGAGAAGAAGUGGUUCCAGCACGGAGAAUUUACCGUCAGUGGGGGGAAAAAUGUCUGUCGAUGGGACUAAGAUACUUUUUGAAGGGUUCCUGCAAAAAAGAAAAGACACUUUGAAAAUAAGAUGGGUGACCUACUGGUUCAGGCUGCAAAACACUACUUUGUUCUUUUAUACCAAGAAAAAUGGCAGCGCUUCACACUUAAGAGGCUAUUACUACAUUUACACAGUCCAGUCGGUGCGAGAGGUCCAGAGACCUGACAAGAAGCCCUUUUUGUUUGAAAUCAUUAUGACGAAUGGAAAGAGAAAGAUGUUGGCGGCAGAGACAGCAUCGCUCAGAAAAGAAUGGGUUGGAUACCUCUGGCAGGCAAUGCAGCUCUCUUCCUCUAGACUUUUGGACUCUAGAGACUCAGACCUUGAGAUGACUGAUGAGCGAGGGAGGGUAAACAGCGAUGUGUCCGUCUCCGGGUGCAGUGACAGUGUGAUGGAGGUGCAGUCAGCUCGACGUCUCUCCACCUCCUCAGACCACAUCUACUCAGUGGCCGGGAGCCACACUUCGUCCGUUUGUCUCCCUGAGGACGAGGACAACGAGGAGGAGACAUACCAGAACCUGCGAAGACCCCCGGAAUACAACAAUCCCACUGAAGAUCCUGAGAUCUCCAUGCAUGCGAGCUAUGAAGAACAAGGACCGGAGUACCCCUAUGAUGUUUUACCAGCUAGAAAAAGUAAAUGUGAAGCCUCUCCAACAGAAACACAGGAUGUUGUUUAUGACUUCCCUUCAUCUUAUAGGAAGACAAUUCAACAACAAGAUGCAGUCUAUGAUGUCCCAGCACAUCUGUUGAGGAAGAAGAGUGAUCACUCUGAAGAUGAGCAGCUAGAGGAAGGAACGUACUGGAGGAUAUGAAGAGGACAGGAGCCCGUGUUUUAUUACUUCUCUCUACGGCUCACUUAUGUCAGAACUAGAUCUGUGGAUAAUCUUCUGUUUUAACUGUCAUUGCAGUUUGAAUGUGUGUAAAAAAAAUCUGCCUGGAUAUAAUCCGCAGAAGUUGGUUAUUUCAUAAGGGCCAUUCCUGCAUACCAAUAAUGUUUUCCAAUAUUGUUGGAUUCACUUUUAAAGUCAUGUGGACUCUGGUGACCCAGAGUUAUGAUGGGGAAGAAGGAUUAGGUUGUGAAAAAUAUGGGUUGACCAAAGUCUGUAUCACCAUGACAAUAUUUAACAACAAGGUCAUAACUUAAUUUCUAUCUGCUGUCAUGCACCUAUAGCCAGAAAGUACUACACAGAGGAAAUAUGGUUAGAGGUUUAGGUAGAAAGACAUAGUUGUGUCCUGUGGUUUCAGACUGUGUUUGUUUUUAGGUUAAACAUUCCUCUCCACUUUUAAAAAAUACCCAUGCACAACCCUGUACCCACUCCCGAAAGGGAACGCCUAUUCCGCGUGGGAGAGCGUGCACAAACCCAUUUCUCCUCUUACAUGCUCUGUUUAAAAAUUACUGUUUGCAUCGAUCAUACAAGCGGACUUUCAAAAAGAUUAGCAAUUUCUCCCCUGUCAGACUCACCACCGGUAAGUGAAAAUGGGGACGAGCACGUAAGACAGCCUUACCUAAACAUAUCACCAGAAUGAUUGACAAUUAAGAGGACCACUUAUUUAAUCCAUGAGCCUAAAUUGCACUUUAAAGUAUGAAAUGAACGUUUUAAGGAAAUAUAGUUUUCAGAAUCACAAUAUUGGCAUCUAAGAUAGGAACUGAAUGACUAUAUUGGAUUUAGACACUAAAAAAAUCAAUAAUUAACCCAUUAGCAGUUAGCCUUAAUAUAUUUAGAUUUUGAGCCAAACAUAAAAAAAUAUUCUAAGCAGGAGGGGAAAUGAUGAGAACUGAGAAAGAGAAUCACUGAAAAACAGAUUUAACAUGAUCAGAUUUUAUUUUUUUUGCAGAAUGUGAAUUUUCUAAAUAUUUUUGUAACUCUGGGAAAAGAAGGAGGAAUCUAAAAGAGGAGCUUUAUGUUUGACAGAUCCUUAUGGGAGGAAAAAACCUUAUCUGCUGUUUUGAAGAUGCUCUGACGGCUCCAGUCGCUGUUAUCUGGACUCUGUCAAAAUCCUUGUUUGUCUGCUUCUAACAUAGAGAUCCACAACCUGCAUGUCAUGAGCUGCAGAUCUCAAUGGACUUCAGAAAGGUUCUAAAACCCUUGGCAGAAACUGGGAUAGAUCUCAGCACCGUGUUCAGAUAUAAAGAAGAUUUAAAGUAUAUUUGUUUUAUAACUGUAAAAAUUGAUCAAAAACUGUUUGGUCUUUAAACAACCAUCUUUCAUAUUGAUAUUUCUUAUUACUGAAAAAUGUUUUGUUUUUUUUAUGCUAAGUUUUAGCACCUCUUGGCACAUUUUACCAGAUGGGUGUUGUAAAGGUGGGACUGACCCCAUGUACUAAUAGGUCAACAUCAAGGAGAAAUUGUUAACACUGCAUAUCCCUUGUUGCAAGAACUGCUGUGGUGAAGAGAAGAUACCCAUUACUGGUCAUAAUGUUAUGCCUAAUAAGUCUAAAACUUUACCGGUAUGAAGUUUGCUUAUAAUUUUGUAUGACAUUUAUUAUACUAUUUUGUAACUAACAAACUAUUUAAGUCGCGAUGCAUCUAGUCCCUCUGCACAGGAUUAAAACCUUUGGAGAUGUUGGCAAAAAACAACAAAAAUAAAAAAAAAGUGAAAAUCAAUCCUGUGACCGAACUGUACAACCUG